GUGUACUUCCACUACAAAACCACUAGAGGACCCCUUUCAAUAUCCCCUUUCUCUUGAAUUCAAGUCAUCCUAGUCUAUCCAGUAUCAGUUUCCCCUCCCCUUACCUUCCCACUAACCACCCACCUCCCUCCAUCCCCACUUUACUUCCACCUCCUCUUCUUCCCUUCCCGGUACUCAGAUGCUAGUAAGACCGGUGGUUAGCCGCUCUGUCGCUAAAUCAUUUUCAGUGUAAGGGUCACAUUUCGCCUGAUCAUCUAAACCGGAGAAAGAGGGGUUAACGGGAGCAGAUAUUUGUGAUACCCCCACGACAGCAGAAAGUGUCACAAGACAAAGUAGACUAAGAAUCAUCAUUCUCAAUACAUAAUCUGACUCCACUGCAGGACGCAUCUAUAACAAACAGCCCACUGUAUAACACGACUGUUCCACCACACCAAGUUAACACACAUUGACAGAACAGUGAGGAGCCAGGGCUUCAUAUAAAUGGCUGACAAGCAGAUCAGUUUGCCUGCCAAAUUGAUCAAUGGGGGUGUCGCUGGUCUAAUUGGAGUCACCUGCGUGUUUCCCAUCGACUUGGCUAAAACUCGCUUGCAAAACCAGCAAAAUGGAUCUCGCCUUUACACCAGCAUGUCAGAUUGCCUUAUCAAGACUAUCCGGUCAGAGGGAUACUUUGGGAUGUACAGAGGUGCGGCGGUGAAUUUAACACUGGUCACGCCAGAAAAAGCCAUCAAAUUAGCGGCCAAUGACUUCUUCAGGCAUCACCUCUCCAAGGAUGGAAAGCUCACUUUGCUCAAAGAGAUGCUGGCUGGGUGCGGUGCAGGCACUUGCCAGGUUAUUGUCACCACUCCUAUGGAGAUGUUGAAAAUUCAGCUCCAAGAUGCUGGACGUAUUGCGGCUCAAAGGAAGCUGAUGCCAGAAUCGGUGCCAGCUGGCACAGUGGAACCCAAGUCGCCAACUGCAAUGCAGCUCACCAGACAAUUACUGAGGGAAAAGGGAAUUGCUGGAUUAUACAAGGGCCUAGGUGCCACAUUGCUCAGGGAUGUUCCAUUCUCCAUCAUCUACUUCCCUCUUUUUGCUAACCUGAAUAAAUUCGGAAAGGGAGGUGCUGAUGGACCCGCUCCUUUCUAUGUGUCGUUCAUUUCCGGCUGCUUAGCGGGGAGCACGGCUGCAGUUGCGGUCAACCCAGUCGACGUGAUAAAGACAAGACUUCAGUCUUUAAACCGGGGGAGCACAGAGGAUACGUACAGCGGAGUGACCGACUGCAUCAGGAAAAUCUUGCGCAAUGAAGGCCCAUCAGCCUUCCUGAAGGGGGCCUACUGUCGAGCUUUGGUCAUCGCACCUCUUUUUGGCAUCGCUCAGGUGGUUUACUUCCUGGGCGUAGGAGAGUAUCUUCUUAGCUUCUUGCCUAAAAAGGACAACUAGGAAGCAUAUCCUUUCCUGUCCAGAUCGCAUCACACCACCACCUGAGUGAAGAGUCAUCUCAUUCUUCUAGACCAUCAUGUUGGUAUUUUUUAUGAUUAUGUGCUAAUUUCUGUUUUGAAUUUAUUGUCUUGAAUGUCUGAAUCAUGCAGGAGGUAGCCUCUGUUUGCUGUCUAGCCGCCUAUGCUGGCACAUAUCAAUCCUGAUGUGAAGCUACAAAUGUCAGUUUAGGUUUUGAGGGCGGCUGAAUUUUUAAUGACAAGACAUGUCGUUUUAUAUUAUUGAAAUUUCAAGGUAGACUGACUGCCCUUGGUUGCUGCAGUUUUGCAAGCUGCUCUUUACCUGAUUGUUUAAAACAGCGAUCCUCAUCGAAUCAAAUGUGACAAACUUAAAAUAGAUGAAUGCAACCACUUUAAAUAUAAGCACACAUAUCGAGAUUUUUACUAACAGCGCUAUUCAGGAUAUUACCCAAUGCUCUUGUUUUAAUAUAUACUGCUAAAAAUAUAAAGGGAACACUGGAUAAAUGAAAUUUAAUGCUUAGUGUAAAAUCUGUAUUUGGAUUGCAUAAUGUAAUUAUUGGACAGCAAAAUAACAGGAGAACCAUCACUAGGAACUUAAAAUCAUACAUAAAUUAGAAACAUCCAUGUCUCAAUUCUAAAUGCCUCCAUGCCAUCCCUAUAACAUCUUUUAAAAAAAAUGUGUAUUCGUCUGUCUCCUGGUAUUUCCUCCACAUUUUUGACUAUGCUGGUUACACGGCAUACCUCCUGGCCAUGAUGAUUAUGGAUGUGUCAUACUGGAGGAUCUGCACUGCCUAAGCAACUAGUGUGGGCUGCUGAUAGCACCUCAUGCGUUUACUGGUGGCGAUAGCAGUGAAAGCAUGUGAAUCUAGGCAAAUGUUCCCUUUGCACAACAGCAGGGCAAACUGAUUCACGAUCGUUAUUAUGUAUGACAGACUUAAGUUUCACUGGGAUAAGAAUGUGUUCCCUUUAUCAUUUUUUUGGAGCAGUCUAGUUCAGGCAAAGUGUUGAUGUGAUAACAGUACACCUGAGAAGCCACAUCCCUUAAACCAUAAGAUGUCUUUUAUUACCUGUUUAUUUUUUCAUCUCUUUUAACGUAGAUCAGAUUCCAUCCGCCACAUUUACAAUGACUCUCCUGUUCACUCAUUCUGAAAGAUCCUAUUGUGUUGUGUAGACUGGAGUGGGCUAUUCUCAAAGAACCACACAUACAUAAUCACAGAAUGCUGGUAGACAGUAGUCAGUUAUCAUGGAUGGCAGUUUUAAAUCAUUGUUUACAGAAAUUUUGAUGUAUGGAAUUUAUCGGAACUUGAAUCGUGCAGGGCCCAAAGAGCUAUUUACCAACCUUAAUCGUGAAAUCCAAAAUCAAACCAUUGCUUGUUUUGUUUACCAAACAUAUUUGUGGAUGUGCUUGUUUGCUUUACGCUGCCUGGGAAAGCGGUCCCUGUUAUCUCUCAAUGUAUGCAUCGCAGUUCUAAAUCCCUGCCAUUGGUUUAUCGAACCGGAGAUCAAGGUGACUUUGAUGUCUUUUUAAUCCAAUCACAUUCCGCUCUAGCGCCCACUUUGCUGUAUUGUUGCACUGUAGAUAUCAGAUGCAACUUUUUAACAUGUACUAUCUGUGGGAGUAACAACUAUUUAUCAAUGUUUCUUUUUAUGGGUUGUAUGGCACUGUAUGUUUGUAUGUAAUAUUGAUGUGUCCACCUUGACUAUAUUGUACAUAUGCAGAUGAUAUGAAGUCUAUGCUUUUGGAUAUAUUGUUUUGUUUUGAACAUGAUGGCUUAUUUGCACACCUACCUCUCAUUCCCAUCAUAUCCAUUGUGAGGUGACUUUGUGUUAUGAUGAAGGAAUUCAUCAAAUAUCGCUUACAUGCCAAUGGGUGUAUGCAAUAGGAGAAAUUUGCUCGGCGGUGCCAGUACUUAGCAUUCAUUUGAUAUAAAAUUCAAUGAUUUCACAAACAAUGGCACCCAAAUUCUAUCCUUGUUUCCAUUCGAUAUAUUGUACUUUGAGCUCUUUUUCCUCGCUAGUAGGAAAACCUCAGCCCCCAAGUAGGACAAAAUACAUGGCAAGGCAAGACAUCAGUCUCAUUCUUCAGAGAUCAUGGGGUAAUAUUUGGGCUCCGGUAAUAUUUGGGCUCCAGCUUUCAAAGUUUUAUUCUGAAGAUGGCUAAAUGUUUUAUUUUGACAGCACGAUAUACUGUACAUAAUAAAUGCACUUCAUAUAUACUGUACGGUAUACAUACAUAUGUAUACUGUACAUGUAUGUAUGUAAUAAGCGGAACACAAGAUAUAUACCUCCAGUCUAAUGGACGUCACAAAAUGUGAUUUUCAGAUACGUAUGUAGACAUCAUAUCUCAAUUUAUCUGUGUUAUAUAUUGUUAAUGAAUAAAUACAAUUAUAAAAGAAUAAAAUGUAAAAAACAAAAAACACACACACACAAAAAAAAAACGAAUUAACUUAAAAUGAACACAAUAUAAAUAAUCUGGUUAUGGCCCCUAAUAGCUUUCUAAAGUUGGUUUAUUUACUUUUUAAAAUUUUAUAGUAUUUAACUCAUUGCCUGCCAUUGACAAUGAUUCAAUUCCAAUUCACUUAAACUGAGAGGACUGGCAGGCAAUGCUCAUCAUUUAGUACCACUGAGAGCCCUAGACCUCCAAACCAUUUUGACUGCGCUCCAGUCAAAACAGAACUCAUGUUUAUAUUUUUCUUCAAAAUGGGUGUGUAAACUUUUUGUACCCACUGUAGUUGUCCUACUAGAUUGCAGAAAUCUCAUAGAAGGCAGUAGUUGAGUGGGGGGUACUAGCAAGCCACAAUCAUUCCUCAUAUGCUGAAUGGUGUUACUAGUGAGGAAAAAAAGUAUACCCGUACAUGGACCUUAAGCUGGAUAUCAAGGGUAUAGAAUAAAUGCUGCCUGGCUUUUCAUAGAUCAUAUAAGUCUCACUUUUGUUUAGCUGGAUGAAAUGAAGAGGCAUAUAAUAGUGGUAGGACUAUAAUAAAGACCUAGCCAAUAGCCUUUGGCCCUAUUAAAAUGAAGUAUACUUUGGACAAGGCCAAUGAAGAUUUGCUGACAUGAGACUGUAACAUCGGUCUUUUCGACCAUUUCUCACUCCAUUACGUGGCCCCGCAAUGAUGGGGACACCGCUAAUGAUAGUGUCUGAAUCUCAUGCAAGCAAUUGUCAGCAGUCUAAGCCAUAAGGUCGGCUGGCACCUCCGGCCGUAAUGACUGUAACAGCUGAGCCACAGGAAAAUUUGCUUACAUAAGAUCAUCUUCAUAAUCGACUAUUAUGCUUUUCAUAACAUUCCAAAUUUUCAUCUCAUGUAUGCCGUUCCUGUGAUUACACUUAUUUUGUUUAAAUCUAAUUGGUUAUUAUUUUGAAAACCUCUCCCUUGUUUUAUCUUAUUUAGCUCUGACAAUGUUGUGUAAGCGUUACUCAUGCCAUGAAUUAUUGCUGACCUUGUGAAUUUGCUUACGUGAGUGUGUGCGUGCGUCCAGACAGUGUAGUGAUGUAGCUGAAGUGUAGUGGUUCUCUUUGCUUCUGUGUGUCUGUCUGUCUGUCACACUUAUGUGCUGUCCCUGUAUCCUUGUGCAGAAAAGACAUUUGAGUGUUGGUAAAGAAAGCACAAAGGACGAAUAAGGCACAUGAUUUCACACUUUGAUGAACAGUCCCAAAGGGUGUACAGACACACAGAUUCCAAUGUGAAAUGUAUUUCAGUUCAUUUAAAACAAUAGCAGAGUUUCUAUAUGUGGGGUUGAGACAACCCUGACCCAUGUGAUGGUGUGCACUAUGAGCAGUUAUCCACAAAAUAUAUAUUGCCUACAUAUUCUUAAUGAAUCAAAUAUAAGAAUGUAACUUAGAUAUAAUAAGAUGUAUUAUUUAGUGAAUCAUUUAUUAUCUAAAGAUUUAUUGCUUUACACGGUUACCUAAAACUUAGACGUACACGGAACCAGCUCACUAAUAUGCAAUAAGUAGAAGCGAAACACACUAGGAACAAAAAUAAACUUACCAACGUCAGCAUCACAAUAAUGUAUAAACGAGACCUUCACAACCUUUCGGGGGUCUGAUCCCUCCUCACAAACUCUGUUCACAUCCUCUGAGAGGAAAUGUGCAUUACACAGCACUUUAAUACACCCCCCCCACACAAGAAUACCUUUCAUGACACAGAGGGUGUUUAUCUUUGUGUGCGGUGAUUGACACCACGUCCUAUGCAUUGUUUACGAUGCCAUGGUAAAAAAGAAAAGUGUUUCCUGUCACAAUUUACUGUUCAAUAAACUGACUGUCCCUAUUUGA